AAAUAUGUGUAGAAGUGAUGACCCAGUGAUGAACCUAAAUUACCAAUAAUGUCCGGAGAUAUUAAGAGGAUCAGGGCUCCAGCACCCCUUCCAUCAACUGAACUAUGUACUAAAUGCCCCUGUUGCAAUGGAUCCACCAAGAACUCCUACCUACUCCCUUGUCUUCACUGUAUCUGUAAACCAUGCAUCAGGAGAAUUGAUCUGUUCUUGAGAAAGCUGAGAAGCAAGGAGACUCGAAAUGGAGAAAAUUUAUUGGGAUGGUUUCUUUGCCCGGUUUGCCAUUCAAGCUAUCCUGUAUCAAGAUUUGGAUUUGGAAACUUUCAAUGCGGAUCAACUUCAUUUCCUGGUUCCCCGAGUUUCCAAACCUCAUCAUUAUCAUCAACAUCUAGUUCUCCUAGGUCACUUAGUUCUCCUAGUUCUCCUAGUUCUUCAUCAUCUUGUAUCUGUCCUGUUCAUCAUAUCCCUACAACACAAUACUGCCACAAUUGCAGCGUGUCAGUGUGUGGAGCUUGUUUGAAAACCAAACAUAUGGAUCAUUUUAUACAGGACUUAAAUGCUAUGAGCGCUCAUCUUUAUCAAACUCUAAGGGGAGCCAUGUUGGAAAUCCGAGACAGGGUGAAUCAUAUUGAUGGCAGCAUUGAACAGAUCCGCGCUGCAAGGAAAUCAGAGUGGAGUGGUAAAAAGAAAUCUAGAAAAGAGGUUUCCUCUUUUUAUGAGGGAUAUGUAAACAGUGUCAGACAACAAAAGGAUAGACAGAAAGAUCCGGAUUUCGAAAGACGAGAAAACCUUCUUCUUCGAGAAGAAAUAGAACUGGAGCAGUACAAGAUAGAUCUGGAGUUGCUCUGCUCUCAAAUAAAGUUUAUUCUGGAGGAACGAAAAGGAAAUGAGAUUGCUCGUCUCAUGAUACCCUUGGCCAAGAGAUUAGAAGCAUUAAGCGAAAAGUUAUUUGCAACUGGAUCUGCUUUAACUAAUAGGCUUGAGUUUGUACCAAAAACUUUGACAGAUACUAAUGGAGUUUCUGGAUCUGCUUCAGCUUGCACAAUAUCUUCAUCAACAUCACAUGCUGAUAUAUCUUCAACGCUAUAUGAAAAGGUGCUCUGCUCAAUACCUUUGAUUCUGGCAGAUGAAAAUGGAAUGAGGCUUUAUGUUGACAAGGAUCCGGAUAUUCUGUGCAAUCUUCUUGUGUUCCCAACUGUUGGUGUGACCCACGAGGUUGAUGUGAAACUGAGUAGAAGGAAUGGAUCUGAUUGGCUGCUCCGGUUUACCCCACCGUGCCACGGUAUCGCACUACUAACUGUCAAGUUACACGGAGAACAUGUGAAGAAUAGUCCAUACACUCUAACCAUUCAACAACUUUCUUUAGAUAUUGCAACCGUCUAGUGAUUCAUGUGAUAUUUAUAAAUAAAUUGUUUUGUUUCAAUUUAAUGAGAAAAAGCUAUUUU